AUGGCUACCCAGUAUUUCUCUAAAUUACCAUUCAAAUCUGCUAUUCGUUUUGGUGGGGUUACACUUAAGAAUGCAUUUAAUUAUGCUCCAACCCUAGCUAUUUGGGGUGGUGCAUCUUUGGCAGCUGUUUUUGUUUUCACUGAGAACUGGCCCAUUUUCCAGGACGCUAUCUUUAAGAAGAUUCCAGUAUAUGGGUCUCACUGGGUGAAGGAGAUUCCACCAGAAGACUCUCCUCAGUAA